UUCAAAGGUUAGUUUUUGUUUCCGACACAGCAGCGUUUCUGCCUAGGGAAGCUAGUAUGGCUGCUUUUUGUUGAGGAUGUCUCCUUCACCCACUUCAGUUCUUGUUUCCAACACAGAUAGUACCUGUGCCUGACGUGGACCAUGCCAGUCCAGCUCAGCUCGUCUUGCUCAUGUGACCGGCAGUGAGUAGAGUAUGGCUCGCUCUUCCGCGCUACCGUAUCCUCAAGAUUACGAAGCUAGCUGAAGUCGUUGCGAGAAUUUCUGCUGACAUGAUACCAAGACGAAAUGAGUCGCGCCUCGGUAGUAAUUGCGUCUCCCGUCGAUAUGGUGUCGUCGUUCCAGCGCAGUGCACCUAGCAUUGAGUGAUUAGGACGAGUCGGAGCGGACAAUAUCAGCAUGUUUUCUCCUUCUAGAUGUAAUUCCGUCAGCUACCUCUUCCAACAUUCGAAGUGCGGUGACUCCUCUGAGGGUCCUCUCCGGGUUCUAACCUCCACAGUCUAGUCUCGCGUCCUCAGGCCUAUCUUCGACGAAACCAUGAUCGUCAGCAGAGUCGCACGCUCUCGCGGAGUAACCGCAGCGACGUUCGCACAAACGCGACCAGUGACCAUCCGACGCCAUAAUCACCAUCAUCGUUAUCACUACCACCGUCUCUUUCUCCUCCCCCUCCUCCUCUUCCAUUCCCUCGUCUCCGCUCCACCCGCCGCGCAAGCUGCUACUCUUCCCUCAGACAUCACGGCGCUACAGGGCUUUCUGGAGGAGCCGACCAACCAGGCGAGGCUUAGUAACUGGAAGGCCGGGACAGACCCCUGCGCCAGCGGAUGGCUAGGCGUUAAGUGCGCGACAGCCGUGGGAUCGAAUCCUGCUAGAGUCAGAAGCAACAGCGGGAAUGGAAACGGCAACGGUAUCAUCAGCAGCAGCAGCAACAGCAGCAGAGGCAACGGAGCAGGAAACGGUAGCGGAAACGGCCAGGCCACCACAGGGAAAUUUCAGUACGUAGUGAGAAUAGACCUAACCGGGUUUGGGCUAACUGGUUCAUUACCCACCUCUUUAGGGUCUCUGUACCAGCCUACCACCAUCAUACUCAGCCGCAACAGCUUCUCAGGCUCUUCCGUUCCUAGUCAGCUCGGGCAACUGACGAGCCUCCAGGCGCUGCUGCUCACGGGCUGCCAGCUGGUUGGGUCCAUACCUGACAGCCUCGGCAGCAUGACAAGCCUGACGUACCUCAGCCUCGGGCAGAACCUGCUGGGAGGCUCGAUACCAUCAUUCCUCUUCACUUCCCUCAAAUCCAUGGCGAUUCUUAGCCUGAAUAACAACAAUCUCGGCGGGGAGAUUCCCCCGGAGGUGGCCGCAGCGUCUCAGCUGGUGAACUUCACUCUUCACGUUAACAAUCUCACUGGGAGUAUUCCGAGCACGUUAGGCAGUGGCGGGGGAGGGUUGCAGCUGAGACAGCUACAGCUACACCAGAAUCGCAUUACAGGGACAAUUCCGGCCUCUAUCGGGAACCUACUGGCUCUUGAAAUGUUCACAGUGUACAGAAACGCGCUUGUGGGUCCUCUUCCGACUUUCAUGGGUAAAUUCCCCUCCAGCUCGUACCGGGAGAAUGGGUUUUGCAGCAGCCAGCCUGGGGGAAGUUGCCCUGGUGAUGUGAAUGCCCUGCUCGGGUUUCUGCAAGGGGUAAAUUACCCUUUGAGUCUCUCAACUUCUUGGGUUGGAGCGGCGCCGUGUGGGUCCAACUGGCUGGGUGUUACCUGCUCUCCUGGAGGUCAAGGCUCGGUGGUAGGCAUGGAACUGCCGAACCUGGACCUGGGAGGCUCGGUGGCAUCAUCGUUGGCAAACCUGACGUCAUUAGCGGCCAUAAUUCUCAAGAAUAACAACCUAACCGGCUCUAUUCCGGAUUCUCUCACGUCUUUAAGACAGCUUACCUUGCUUGACGUCAGCAACAACCGUCUGUCCGGUCCCUGGCCUGCAUUCCCCUCCCAGGUCCAGCUGGUUACCAGCAGUAACAGUUUCGGACCAGCUCCACCCUCUGCUCCCUCCCCACCUUCCUCCCCCUCCCCUACCCCUCCUUCCGCCUCUCCCCCUUCUUCCCCCUCCCCUGGACCAUCCUCCCCCUCCCCUGCCCCUCCUUCCGCCUCUCCCCCUUCUUCCCCCUCCCCUGGACCAUCCUCCCCCUCCCCUGCCCCUCCUUCCGCCUCUCCCCCUUCUUCCCCCUCCCCUGCACCAUCCUCCCCCCCAGCACCGCCUUCCUCCCCUGCUCCAUUUCCCUCCCCCACUCCCCCAUCUGCCCCCGCACCAUCCUCCACCUCGCCCCCGUCCUCCCCUUCCCCCUUCCCCACCACACCUGGGGGCACUUCUCCCCCUUCCGCCCCUUCCCCCUCCACAGCAGAGGCGCCUGGGGGGUCCGGUGGGGGGAAGGGCGCGGGGACAGGGGUGGUGGUGGGGGUGGUGGUGGCGGCAGCAGUGGUGGCGCUGGUAGCGGGGCUGGCUGUGGGGUGGUGGUGCUGCGUGAGGCCAAGCAAGGGGAAGCAGAGGACUCCCCAAACGUAUCCUCACCCCGCCUCUUCCUCGUUACACCCAGCAGCAUCUGGACUAACACCAGCAGCAGCAGCAGCAGGGGGAGCAGCAGGAGCAGCAGCAGCAGCAGCAGCAGGAGCAGCAACAGGAGAAGCAGCAGGAGCAGCAGCAGGAGGGGAUGGCACGGGGACAGUGAUAGCAAGCGCGCGGUUAGCGCUGGGAGGGGGGCUGGCAGUGAGCAUAGAGGUGAUUCGAGAGGCGACGGCAGGGUUUGCUCCCAGCCACGUGGUGGGGAGGGGCGGGUUCGGCACAGUGUACCGCGGGGAAAUGCCCGACGGCACGAUGGUGGCGGUCAAGAGGAUGGAGGCUGGACCAAUUAGGGAGAACGGCGCGAGAGAGUUUCUGUCCGAGGUGGCGGUGCUCUCCAAGGUGCGCCAUCGCAAUCUCGUGGCGCUGCUGGGGCAUGUCAUGGACGACCACGAGCGCCUGCUGGUGUUCGAAUACAUGGACCUGGGUCCGUUGAGUCAGCACCUGUUUGACCCCACGCGCUACAACCACCGACCCCUAACCUGGACCGAGCGCCUAGUGAUAGCGCUAGACGUGGCCAGAGGCAUGGAGUACCUGCACAGCCUGGCAGGGGGCCGGGACACAGUGGUGCACCGCGACUUAAAGCCCGCCAACGUGCUUCUAGACCAUAGGAGACGCGCCAAGGUGGCUGAUUUUGGGCUGGCUAAGCUUGUAUUGCGGCCGCUGCAGCAGCACGGGGGAGGGGAGAGGGAGGGGAGCUGUGGAGGGGGGAUGGACUCCGAGAUUGCUCUGUCUGUUGAGACACGAUUGGCUGGCACGUUUGGGUAUCUGGCGCCUGAAUAUGCAGCCAUGGGCCGUGUCACAACACGCUCUGACGUGUACAGUUUUGGCGUUAUCCUCAUGGAACUGUUCACUGGCCGGCGAGCCGUGGACACAUCCCGGCCCGACCUCUCAGCGCAUCUGGCCACGUUCCUCCUCCCGAUCAUCCCCGAUCGCUCCAAGCUUGCUCAGGUGGUGGACCCUGCCAUAGCAGCAGACAUGGCAGACCAGGCCGGUCAGCCGUUUACAUCGCUCUGCAGGGUGGCGGAUCUCGCACUGCACUGUGUGGCUGCUGAUCCACGCCAGCGGCCCUCCAUGACCGAUGUGGUCACUGUGCUCGCUCCCCUCGUCAGAACAUGGGCCCCUGCGGAAAUCGCUCAGGCGCAGCAGCAAGGGGAGAGUGACACGAUGGGGAUGACCCUGGACGUGGCAGUGCAGUACUGGAAGAGCCUUGAUGAGCAGGGGUCAUCAGGCAGCUACGGCUACACCUAUGGAAGGAGCCAGGAUCACAGACACAGUCAGGGCCUUGCAGAGAGCAGCAGCUCAGAGCUUCAUGGGAAGGAUAAGAUCUAUGGAAGUGGUGCAGCAUGUGGCACAAGUGACUUCUCAUCAGUCAACCCGUCGAAUGAGUGCAGUGCUUCGAGGUCUUACAACGUCGAAUCGGGGUCUGGUGCGGAAUCGCCUGUCGCUACUGUGACUUGUGGUGGUCUCUUCUCGUCUGGCCACAAGCAGCAACAAGCAGUGGUGGAACAAGAGGAGCACGUGCUGUUGCUGUCAUCACGUGCUGGAGGGGAAGUGAAUGUCCAGUUGACCCAAAGAACAGCCGGAGAGGGAGCUGUACCGGGCAAAAAUGUUGAGCUUCCCAACAGGAGCAGCUCAACAGCAGUGACAAGAACAGGAAGCAGCAGUUUCCCCACAUUUGCUGAUCCCUCAAGAAGUUUGAUUGGUCGAUAGUGCUGAGGUUGCCGGAUUUAGGGGUG